CCUCAACCACUUUCAGUCAUAGAUCAAGGUUUGAUAAAAUAUUGUACACAUAAAUCUAGCUCCAAUUCCUAAUCACCUGGUUAAUUUCUUCACAUAGAGCUAUCAAGAUCCAACGUUAACAUGAAGAAUGUUUUAGUAAGGUCAGCUGCGCGAGCUCUGCUUGGCGGCGGUGGGCGGAGCUACUACCGCCAGCUCUCAACGGCGGCGAUCGUGGAACAGAGACACCAGCACGGUGGCGGCGCGUUUGGAAGCUUCCACUUGCGGAGGAUGUCCACUCUUCCAGAGGUAAAGGAUCAGCAUUCAGAGGAGAAAAAGAACGAGGUCAACGACACCAGUAACGCCGUCGUUACGAGUUACUGGGGAAUCACAAGGCCCAAGGUUCGUAGGGAGGACGGGACAGAGUGGCCGUGGAACUGCUUCAUGCCAUGGGAUAGUUACCACUCUGAUCUGUCAAUAGACGUGACCAAGCAUCAUACACCAAAGUCAUUAACGGACAAGGUUGCUUUUAGGGCUGUCAAGUUUCUAAGGGUUCUCUCUGAUAUCUACUUCAAGGAACGGUAUGGGUGCCAUGCUAUGAUGCUGGAAACAAUAGCAGCAGUUCCAGGAAUGGUGGGAGGGAUGCUGCUGCACUUAAAGUCUCUGAGGAAGUUCCAGCACAGUGGUGGAUGGAUCAAGGCACUGCUCGAGGAAGCGGAGAAUGAGAGGAUGCACCUGAUGACCAUGGUGGAGCUUGUGAAGCCCAGCUGGCACGAGAGGCUGUUGAUUUUCACCGCGCAGGGUGUUUUCUUCAACGCCUUCUUCGUGUUCUACCUCCUCUCGCCAAAGGCGGCACAUAGAUUUGUUGGUUACUUGGAGGAAGAAGCUGUGAUUUCAUACACUCAGCAUUUGAAUGCCAUUGAGAGUGGUAAAGUUGAAAAUGUCCCUGCCCCUGCCAUUGCUAUUGACUACUGGAGGCUUCCCAAGGAUGCAACUCUCAAGGAUGUUGUCACUGUGAUUCGCGCUGAUGAGGCUCAUCACAGGGAUGUUAACCACUUUGCUUCUGAUAUUCAUCAUCAAGGGAAGGAAUUAAAAGAGGCUCCAGCUCCUAUUGGUUAUCACUGAGUCAUUGUUGUAAAUUUUUUAACAAAACGAUAUCUAGCCUUUGCUGUCUCGAGACUUUCUAGCUAUUUUUACCAUCUGGUUCAAUAAAAUUUAUUUUCAGCGAGCACUUUAAAACCAGAAA